AUGGACGAAAAAGUUGAGGAAAAGAGUGGCGGUAACGGUGAUAUUGUUGGGGAUAACACUGAGACGUCAAUGGGAACACAGGAAGAUAAUGAUAGAGUGAAUGAUGGAGAGAGAGAUAGAGAUGGAGAUGGAGAUUCGCUGGAAGGCUUGGAGACGGUGUAUGUGAAUAAUUUGAAUGACAAAGUGUCAUUGAAUAAGAUCAAAGGAGAAUUGGAAAACGUGUUUCAGAAGUACGGCAAGAUUAUACAAAUUACAGCACAUAAAAACCUCAAGAUGAAGGGACAGGCAUUUGUUACGUUUGAGAACAAGGCUGCGAGUCGGGCUGCGAUUGACGGGCUACAGGAGCAUGAGAUGUUCGGUAGGCCCAUACAUGUAGAAUACGCCAAAGGGAACUCAGAUAAUUAUUAUCGCGAUAUAUUGAAAGAUGAGGAGGCGAUAGAGAUACGGAAGCAGUUGAAAUUAAAGACUAAUGAGCAGGCUGCUGCCAAGGGAGUCAAGAAGCCAGGAGUCAAGAAAGUGCAGACGUGGAAAGCUAUUCCACCCAAUAAGAUCCUUUUGAUCCAAAGCUUGAAGCCCGAAACCACCAAUGGAGAUCUUUUGGAAUUCUUUGAGGCAUAUGGCGGGUUUAUUCAUAGUCGGUUGGUGAAGGCAAGGAACUUGUCGUUCAUUGAAUUUGAAAACGAAGCAUCAGCCACGAGCUGUUUAGAGGAUUUGACCAAGGAAAAAUUAGAGCAAUUUGGUAGCGAUGCAUUGGUGACAUAUGCUAAGAAAUAG